AUGUACAGUUAUGAAGCUUACAAGCCAUCAAAUUUUAAUGAUCAAAAAGUCAUAGAUAUUAAUGAUAAGUAAUAACUAGAAUUAGAAUAAUAGAAAAGUAUCAAUACAACAGAAGAGAAAGCAGAUUUUGAAAGUAGCGUUUUUUCAGGCUUAGUAGUGCAAAAUUUAUUUGUUCUUAUGAUGAUUUGUUUGGGCCUUUAUACCAACAUGCAGUUCUGGCUGGUUUACUAAAUUCAUGAUGUUAAUGAGUUUUGUUAUUGUGGAUUUGUGAAUGAAUAUUAAUGUUAAGAUGAAUGCAUAUAUUCUGGUGAAGAGAGUAAUUAGCCUAAUCCAAGAGGUCUAUUUUAUGUUUCUGUAAUAAUCGGGUUCAUUAUAUAAACUUGGUUAUAUAUUGGAUUUGCCUAAAUUAAAAAAUAACAUUUUUUAUUAACCCAUCUAUAACUUGCUAUGGUGUGUUUAUUUUAUUCUUUUACUCUAACCACAAUAUGUAUUUUGAUUGCUUAUCGUUGGGGAGUUUAAUUGAUUUUCUUAGCUUGGAUUAUUGACUUUACAUUCAUUUUUUCUACGGCCUUCUAUACAACUAGAACAAAAACUCUUAUAAAUUAUAAAGUUGGUUCAAUCUUUAUUUUUAUUCCUACACUACUAAUGUUAAUUAUAUAUAUAUUUAUCUACCCUCAUUCAGUAAUUUAUAUUUGUUUGGACUGCUUAUUUGCUGCUCUUCAUGGAUACUUUAUAAUAUCACAAAUUAUUAAACUUAGAGGCAAAGAAGAACUUAAAUCAUCAAUUUUUGAGAUAAUGAUUACCUCAAAUAUACUCUUUGCAAGUAUCAAUCAAUGUUUCAUAAGUUUAAUUGAAUAAUGUUAAGGAUUGAUGAAAAAGCAGUCAUGA